AUGAUUGUGGUUUCCAGUAAAGCCUUACGGAUGGUAAGAUCAAUAAGUGUGUCUAUUGUAUUGCAAAUAUCAUCAGCAAAACAGCUCUUGAAAUGCAAAUUUAAUAAAAAUGCGUGAAGACUAGAGUUGAGAUAGAUGGAAAAGAAUAUAUUUCGAUGAACGGUAUCAAAAUUCAGAGUGAGUAUUUUUUCAACAAUUCAUGCCUAACUAAAGAAGUUGAGCGCCAUUUAAGGCGUCCUUCUUUUGUGUCGGGGCGUUUGAAAUCUCUGAUUACGCUAACUUCGUGAUGAAUCUUCAGUCGAACCACGCAGAGCGUUUUUUCAAUUGUUUUUUAAUAUCAAGUCUUCACAUACAGUUAGAUAUUCUGAAAUUCCACGUGUAAUUCACACUUUUCUUCUGGUAUAUAUCAUGGUAACUAAAGUUAUAUUUUCGCUCUCUCGUCGACCAUUCUCAUGAGCAGGUACAGUUUUAGUCCCCUAACUGAUUUAAUCCAAAAAAUCCGACAGUACUGAGGUUUACAAAAUUCGUUUGUAUCACCGAGCGCAGAUUCGAGUCAAAAAUGAAAUGCUCAUUGUUUUUGUAUACUGAUAGUGACAGUACCAAAGGUAGGCGACUUAUGAAUUAUUUUCAAGGCAGACUGCGAAAGAUUGCAGAUAUGAGAAAUAUUGAGAACAUUUUAGUGUUAGACGAAGAUUUCAGAGAAGAACUUCGUGGCAGUGAGUGCGUUGUGUUAAUUGCGUCAGCUAAAGCUUCGUCCCUCAUCCAAAACAAGCAGCAAGAAAAAGACGGAGAUGACAUACUUUUUGACGGUAAUGUUAUGUAUGAGGAGUUCACACAAAACAAAGAACUUGUCAAGAACAGACUCGUUAUCGUUCACUUCACGGAAAGAACCGAGAAUGACUGGAUUCCGACAGGUAUUGAUGAAAACCGAAUUUUUCACGUGGAAGAUGGAAAUGCUCCCCCCAAGGGAACCCCUACUUUAACUCACCUUGAAUAUCGCAUGAAGAAAAUAUUGCUCGGAGAUGACUUCUUGUACUGA